AUGAUGGUGAAUACAUUCCCGUUCUGCGAAGAGUCCAAAUUGAGGGAUAAGGUGAUAUGGCGCUGUACGUCCAAGAAGACUAACUGUAAAGCCCGGAUUCACAUGCUAGGUACCAACGUGGUUGCCGUCAAGGGCAUGCACAACCACCCGCCUCUAAUUGAUUGCGAGGAAAUCGGCCAGUUUACGUUCAGUGGGAAACAGCAGAAGGCGAAGAUUAUAACAGGAGGAUAUGAAUUUGAGAAGGAGAGAGAGUUCCCGAACGGAAGGACGCGCUGGCGUUGUUCCCAUCACGCCAAAGCGUUCUUCUUGCCGUCGCGUGCUGGGAAAUCGGUGUUGAUAUUCCAAUCUAAUAAGUUUUGGGUGAACAAUCAGUAUCGGGAUAAAUUGAACUGGGCGUGCCGUGACAAGGACACUAAAGGCUGCCUGUGCAGGGUACAAACCACCAUGAAUGGUAGGUUUAUUCGCAUCAAGGGAGGUCAUAAUCACGAACCAAACUUCACACCGUUCAAUUUCGACGCUUCCACUACUGAAAAACCAGUCAACGAAUGGCAUACGCCUCUUAAAAUUGAAUGGAGUGUUUCCCGUUUUGGCAACCCUGUUUUGGUGGUGACUGGCGCGAGGUAUCGUCGUGUUGGAAGAAUUAUUUACGGGAGGGGAAUGUGGAAAUGUAUCAAGUCCGACCACGGGUGUAGGUCGUACGCUAUAACACAGAAUAAUCGUUUAGUGAUGGUUGGAUACCCGCACACCUACCACAACACGAAACUAGUACUAACUUCAAGGGUUUUAGUUGCAGGCACAGGUUUACCAGCAGAUGCUCCGCCUACACUGGGCUUGCCAUUCCCUUUCCCCUGCUUCCCGGGACAGUUCCGGUACUGCCUCAGCAAGCGAGGGAAACCAGCUAUCGAAGUGGGCGCUCAUCGUUUCUGCUUCAACGGUCGAGCUGCGAGUGGGAAAGUUUGGUGGCGUUGUUCCAGGAACCCGCGGUGUCGCGCCGCCGUACACACCUUCGGACUGAGGGUCGUCCAAAUGAACAGCGCUCACACUUGCGGUGUUCGAGCUACUCCUCUCCGACCCAUGUUUUAA